AUGAAUCUUCGCUCCAAGUUGCCCCCAAUGACGACGGCGCCGUCCAAUCUUCAGGUGGAGGAGACCGUUAACGCAGGUGACGCCGAGUAUUUAUUGGUGCCAAAUUCCGAGAACUUCCUGUCCGCCCUUUACGAGAACCCCCACGGCCCAGCCCUUCAGGCAGUUAAAAAUGCGAGCUACAGCCUCGUACUGGUCUACUUAGUCGGAUCUGACCGAGUCAUAUCAAAGUCAAAACUCAUGAAAUUUCGCUCGACAGUGCUAGAAAAUGAUGACGUUUUCCAUCCAGACUUUCUCACUAAUGUAAUUCUAUUUGGAAGUAACUCUACAGAUGCUUCCUUAGAUACAGAUGCCUGUCAGCUUCUCGAUGAAUGGACUAAGAACUGGCAUUUUCUUAAAGGCAGCCUAGAGGCCAAGGUCAAGCCAGGUCCCUACGUUUUUGCUGGUGGUAAAACUUGGCAGCCCUGGAAGAUUUACCAUGACUUUAACGCUUGCUUUAUGAAGACUUUUAAGCCUUCAUCCGAUGGGUCGGGCAACUUGCUCACUCUCGACUCGACACAGGCAGGUAUCAAUGGAAGGGUGAUUGUACCAUCUCGAAGCUACUUUAAGCCUUCUGCCUCACAACCUCUAGAUGGAGCCAGGAUUAGCGUGAAGGACAAUAUUGAUAUUGCGGGCCACAGAACCACAUUGUGCAAUCGCGCAUGGGAGGACUUAUAUCCGCCAAAGUCCAAGAAUGCUGCAUGUGUUCAGACCCUUAUUGAUGCAGGCGCUAUAAUUGUCGGCAAGGUUAAACUGCAGGCAAUGAUUAUGAGGGAGGAGCCCUUGGAGUGCGUAGAAUUUACAGCCCCGUUUAAUCCUCGCGGGGAUGGAUACCAGGUGCCGUCUGGCAGCAGCCACGCAAGUGCUGCAGGAGUUGCUUCGUAUGACUGGCUAGACUUUUCAUUUGGAUCUGACACAAAUGGAAGUGGCCGCAAGCCUGCGCACUAUAACGGCUGCCAUUCGAUUCGCCCAUCUACAGGAAUCAUGGACACUUCUGGCGUUGUAGGUCAAUUUGAUAAAUUUGAUAUGCCGGUGUUCUUUGGACGGGAUAUCACUCGGUUCCACGAUUUUAUUUCAGUCUGGUAUGGGAACUCCCCAAUGCUCAAGGCUCCGAAGCAGGCACCAGUGCGAAUUCUCUAUCCUCUAGAUUACCUUCCCACCAUUAAUGAAGCUCAAUCCGCAGUCAUUAACAGAUUUGUCGAAGGACUGGAGGCUACCUUUAAUGUGAAAAGAACAGAGAUAUCUUUGGCAGAGCAGUGGAAGACGGAUUUGCCUGACGGACCAGAACAUGACGAUAUCGCAAAGUAUCUAGAGCUGGCCGGAGGAUACCCCUACUACCGUGAUUCAUACCUACAUUUGGAAGACUUCCGAAAAGUCUAUCAGACGAAGUAUGGGAAGCCGCCAUUUGUUCAUCGAGCCAUGCAUUGGCAGUGGGACGUGUCCAAAACCAUUUCACUCGAAGAGAGGGACUACUACUGGAAUCGAUCUGAGACCUACCGGAAGUGGCUGCUUGAAAACAUCUUUGACGCCCAGUCCGACACAAUUACGGUCAUGAUCUUCCCCAUAGAAGUUGGCAAACCAAGCUAUCGAGACUCGACGCCGCCACCCUUCGCCAUGUUGAGCGGCUACAGUUCGCUAAACAUGUCUCCCAUGAUGCGAGCCCCUGAAGUAACGGUCAUAGCUGGGCAAACAACAUUUGAUUCCAUCGUAACCAAAAGAAGGGAACCCUAUCCAAUAGGUGUAUCCGUCAUAGGAGCUCCAGGGACUGAUUUAAUUCUCGUUGAUAUGGCGACAAAGGGCAUGAGAGCCGCUAUGGAUCCCUGCCUGUAUGGCACUUUCAAGGUUUACAGCAACGAGAGUGGUACCAGGGGUAAACUAGAAUGA